ACAGUCAUUUUUGAGAUCGCGUCGAUAGGAAACUAUGAGCUGUUUAUUGCCAGUUUUCUUGCUGUCGUUAAUUGCAGGGCCAGCAACAUGUUCAGUUCUAGGACGUGAGUGUCCAACUGAAAUAACAUGUGAACCUAUAGACGGGUGUGAGGAGGCUAACGUGUACGAGACCCAGUUGGAAUUCGAGGGUUUGGUUUGCCUUUGGUGUCCAGUGUGUAUAGACACAACAACAUUAGACAGUAGCGGAUGUCCAGACAGAGAGGAAAUGUGUCAAGGGACUAUCACCCCUCCCGACAGUUGUAAAGCACAGCUUUUCUACACUUAUAACGACAAUACUUGCAACUAUUGUGACGAAGAUUUGUGCGUCAAUUUUUCAAACGACCAAUUCGUUGGCUCUAACUAAUACAUAUUUAUGGUGUGUUAAAGUCAGUAAACGGCCAGCUUGCAUGAUUUAAUUGAUGAAUGAUCAAACGAUCUAAACAGUACAGGUUUUGCAUGUAACCAUUAUACUCGUAAAAAUGAAACUUUUAAUAUAACUUGUUUAUCCAUAUGAUGGAAUGAAUAAAUUUAAUGCAAUUUUAA